AGUGGCAACGCUGUCAGCAAGCAAAAGCCGUAUCAACAACGAAAUAAAAUACAACGAUUUAUAGUCGCAGUUUCUGUACAUUUGGAACUCAAAGCAGCCGCGUCAUGAAAAUAUUAUGCGAGGUGCAAGUGGUAAAUCGUACAACGCAGGCAAAUCGAACACCGAGAGCUGUGAAAUCAACACUGGCCAUUGGCUAUAAACAAAGUGCGCGGGAUUCCAAUGGCAAUACCAAAAAGGAGCUGGAAAUGGUGUUGUUCACUCCUCAGGUGAAGACUGGCACGCGGUACAAGGUGCGCGACAACAUACACUGCGUCCACACCAAAUUUGUGCUGGACGGCAAGGUUACCAUUGGUUUCAAGCAGCCGGCAGAGAAUUUGUUAAUCAAAUGUGAUCCCAUACAACUGAAGGGUUUCCUACAGACCCUCAAGUUGGGCAUGGAAGGCAAGGAUGCCAUCAAUCUGAGACUGAACAUAGCUUCGGCAACGGCCAUACCACAAAAGUCGCAGCCACAGCAACGCAUGACCAUCAACAAACGCAGCGAAUAUCCCAUCAAAGGUUUCCCGCGCACCCUCAAAUCGCUGACCAUCAACAACAUACAACUGAUGAAGCUUAGCUUCGAGAUCUGCACACUACGUAAUCUCACAUCUUUGGAUGUCAGUGGCAACAAGCUGACAAAGAUUCCUAUUGAAUUGGGUCGAUUGCCGCUGACCACGCUGCAUUUGAGCGGCAACUCUUUGGGCGAGCUUAACGACUGGUGUUGGCUGCGUGGCAGCAAGCUGAGCGAGUCCCUCUGCGAGCUGGACUUGUCGGCCAACGGACUCAGUUACUUUCCACCUGCAUUGGUCAGAUACGAGCGUCUGGUCACGCUUAAUCUGAACCAUAAUAAUCUACGUCACCUGCCAUUUGCCAUACGUCGCCUACAGAAGCUGCGUUCGUUGCAUGUGUCUAGCAAUAAACUGGAAUCGUUGCCCGCUGCCAUUGAAGAUCUGCACAUUGAUUUGCUGGAUGUUUGGGGCAACUGCUUUAAGGGUUUCAAUGUGGAAGCAGUUCAAACGCAAGUCAAACGGACUUCGGCAGUACACACACCUGCCCCGCUUUGGUUGCAAGCGGCACGAGUUGUCUCCAACCAUAAGUUGCCCUAUUCGGCGAGCACAUUGCCAGCCAUACUCAUUGAACUCAUCUCGGAGGCGCCCAAGUGCCUCUGUGGUAAAUUGUGUUAUGCUCUGGAAUCACAGGAUCUGUUGAAACGCGUAACGCAGCCGAAGUUUACUCAUAUCAAGAAUCUGACCUAUAGUCGCGAGCAUAUGAUAUAUUCCGAUGUGAUCAUCUGUGGACCCAAUUGCUGUGCCUAUCAGCAGUUGAAGGCUCUUUUUAGUAUUCUAAUCUCUUGAGAAUGUUUAAAACGAGUUGUUCUCUUUUGUUUAAUGUAUUCUAUUACCGUUCUAAAAUGAGAUUCCGUUUAAAAAAACAUAUACUUUGUAUUGUUUCGGUAUGGAUAUUAUAUUUAUACUGGUAUAUGUUUUUUAUAUGGGCAUGUAACGGUUCAAAUUUGAACAAUUGUUUCUUAGUAAUAGCAACAAUGAAUUCCAUUCCAAUAAUUAAAACGAAUUCAGUUUGUGAGA